AUGGAAAAUUCAUUUUUUCAAUUGAAUGAUCUACCCGAUGAAAUUCUUAUGAUUAUUUUUAAAAAAUUGACUAUUGUGGUAGUACUUUAUUCCUUAACACAUGUUAAUAAACGAUUUAAUAAAAUUGUACAUGAUAUUAGUUUUACACAUACUUUGGCUUUGUACAGAUCGGGAACAAAUGAUUAUAUUGCCCCAUUACCAGAUGAAAUACUUGAUCGAUUUUGUUUAUUUAUCUUACCUAAAAUUCAUCAUAAAAUCAAAUGGCUUAAUCUUGAACCAAUUUAA